CACAACUAGGGGAACUCUGCGUUAUAUAAGAGGAAGGAUUUAAAUCAAUAACUUUUGCCUAUUCGAACAAAAAUCAUUUUUUCCUACAUUCAAUCUACCAAAGAAGUGCAGUGCACCCAAUCGAAGAUUAACUUUUCCGGCGAAGGAUGCUCGGGAUUUCAUAUGGAGAACUCUUCCUCCUCUUAGGAGCUGCGGCUGCUCUCAUCGGUCCAAAGGAUCUUCCUGUUAUAGCUAGAACAGCUGGGAGAUUAGCUGGUCGAGCAAUUGGAUAUGUUCAGGUGACGCGUGGCCAAUUCGAAAGCGUUAUGCAGCAAUCUCAAGCUCGCCAGGUUCAUAAAGAACUGCAAGACACAAUGGCCCAAUUAGAAGCCAUACGUCAUGAAAUUCGGUCCAUUUCGUUCAUGAAUCCUGGUCCUUUGACAACAAGGCUAGUCGAUAACAUUGCUGGACAACCUCCCGUAACGAAUGUAGAUAAUGAAUCUUCAAAACCUCCUGAAGAAGAUCUUGCAGCGAAAAUUGAGAUCAGAGAGACCAGUCGCAUGGUUGAGGUAGGUGAAAAAAAAGGAAUUAUAAAAUACCGAAAUACUAGUUUCAAACAAUUUUCACGUUUUCCUAAGGAUCACAGUUUACCGAGCCCGGUACUGUCAGAUAUACAUAGCCAAGCCACUGCGUACGAAAGAUUGGCUGCUGAAUCCCCAUUAGCUGGAAAGUCCAUGGAUGAAGUUCUUGAUGAGUUAAAGGAUGAAUCCGGUCAGUUUGUUGUUCUUCCUAUAUCAGCUGAAAGUGCGAAAUUGUUGCCCAGUAAAAAAGGUGAGCUGAGGGGUUCGGAUAUAUUGUUGGAGGCAGUACUUGAGGAAGAUGUGGCGAGGAAUGCAAAGGGCUUUUUUUCUCAGGCUCAAGACCAAAUAACGAAUUGAACAAACAAAGAAGG